AUGACUUCGCCAUCUGCGGAUCAGCUGUCCCUGAAAGAUGAGAUAGUAGACCUAGAAAAGCGUUUACAGGAUGCCAAAGCCCGAUUCAAGCCGAGCGACGCGGGACCAACAAAGUCUACGGUCACAGCCGAUGCUGCUCUCCACGCCCUGCUCCUCCUCUCGGACUCUGCACUUCCGCUGGGCUCAUUUGCGUUUAGCAGCGGCCUAGAGUCUUACCUCGCGCAUCAUAAGCCGUCCCCGCCGUCCGCGUCGCAAUUGCCCAAUUUCCACACCUUUCUCCGCCUUUCGUUGUCGACACUCGCCAGUACCGCGCUUCCGUAUGUCUUGACUACAUACCGACACCCAGAGGAGAUCGAGCGACUGGACAAUGACUUCGAUGCAAGCACCCCAUGUACAGUUGCGAGACGGGCAAGCAUAGCUCAAGGGCGAGCGUUACUUGCUGUGUGGGACCGCAGCUUCAAGACGCAAUACAACGAUGCCGCAGCAGACGCAAAUCGCCAUGAUACCAACGGGUCCAUGGGAAGCAACGUAGCAGUCAAGGCUCUUGCCGGCUUCUCAUCGGCUCUCCGCACGUCAGAAUAUAUCAACGUGCAUCUCGCACCUCUUUGGGGCCUCGUAACCAAGGUCCUAUCCAUUCCACUUCACGAAUCUGCGUACAUAUUUUUGUUCUCGCAUGCGCGGGCUGUGGUUAGCGCCGCUGUUCGUGCGAGUGUCAUGGGGCCCUAUCAAGCACAGGCGGUUUUGGCGAGCAGCGAGUUGCAAAAUAGGAUACGCGGACUAGUAGAUCAAGCAUGGCACAAAACGGUAGAGGACGCCGGACAGAGUGUGCCAGUCAUGGAUCUUUGGGUUGGGAGGCAUGAGAAGCUUUAUAGUCGAAUAUUCAACUCGUGA